ACUGCGAGAGUCUGCAGGGCAAAGCGGAGUCUGUGCAGCGGAACAAGCCUGGUGUCGAGUUUUGGACUGAGAGCAGCCGGGAAACUCCAGCUCAUGAGUGGCUCCUGCAACCUGUUGCCACCUUUGUGUCUGAAACUUUUUACCGCGAGGUAAUGGACUAUUAGAGAGACUUUUAACAGGGCCUCCACAUCAACUUAAAAGCGAGUCUAAAUUGCCGCUACCCUCACAACACCCACAGCCUAAACACAAGCAGCGACCAUGGGCAAACAGAACAGCAAGCUACGUCCCGACGUCAUGCAGGACCUGAUGGAGAACACAGACUUCACCGAGCAUGAGAUCAUGGAAUGGUACAAGGGCUUCUUGCGGGACUGCCCCAGCGGUGCGCUCUCCAUGGAGGAGUUCAAGAAGAUCUACGCCAACUUCUUCCCUUAUGGAGACGCCUCCAAGUUCGCCGAACAUGUCUUCCGCACUUUUGACGCCAAUGGAGAUGGGACCAUAGACUUCAGGGAGUUCAUCAUCGCCCUGAGUGUGACCUCUCGUGGUCGGCUGGACCAGAAGCUGAAGUGGGCGUUCAGUAUGUAUGAUCUGGACGGGAAUGGAUACAUUAGCAAGGCAGAGAUGCUGGAGAUCGUAACGGCUAUUUACAAGAUGGUUUCCUCUGUGAUGAAGAUGCCUGAGGAUGAGUCCACACCUGAGAAACGUACAGACAAGAUCUUCAGGCAGAUGGACUUAAAUCGAGAUGGUAAACUGUCCCUUGAGGAGUUUGUUGAGGGAGCGAAGAACGACCCCUCCAUCGUCCGGCUGCUUCAGUGCGAUCCCAGCAGUGCUGGGCAGUAGAAAACUGGACUUUUUCCAUCGCAGUUUGAUUAAUUUAACACAUUUUCAAAAUCUCUCCAAGCUGACCCACCUGAGAUUGUUCAGAUUUGAUCACUUGAGCUAUAGAGGCCCAUUAACAAACACACACACAUAGAAAACAUGCAACAACUGUGCAUAUUACAAGUACCAAAGCCUGCCGCAUAUCUAACCUUCAGAUGGCCACAUGCACAUGCUCUAAAUGUGGCUCUGUUUGGUCAAAAGCUGAAGACAACAUGGGUCUCAUACGGUACAAAUAUAACUCAAAGAACUGAAACCCCAUCAAAGACUUGUAACACUGUAUCAAAGUUGUGCUAUCUCUGUCUGAGAAGACAGCCAGAGAGGAUAAUCCAACAGAUUUGUGAUGUACAUUGAGCUGAAUCCAAGUUUGCUGUUUCUUUUUAUUCUUUCAUUUCUUUUUCUUUUUUUUUUAAAGCAUAAUUCCUUAUUUGAAGGGAAUCAUUGUUCUCUUUUAACUGACUCGGUUUGUUGAGGGAUGACGGACAGAUUUUCACAAAGUAUUGCAGUCUAGCUCCAUGUUAACACUGGAUGAAAUGAAGUAAAUGAGUCUGGGACGACAAGCGUUCACAGCUUACACUAUGGCUUUUGAUGACAGGAGAUAUGCGAUGUUUUGGAUAGUUUUUAACCAUAAAAGAUUUUAAAAGGGAUGAAAGCUGAUUAUUUUUAAUGUAUAUCUUGGAGAAAUGUUACUUUUAACCAAAACUGACUCUAAAUGAAGGGGAAUAUUUUGACUACAGAUUACAACCAUCUGUUCUUUUGAAAGUGACUUUUUAUGCCAAGUUCUGUGUCCACACACACUUCAUAUUUAACUGAAGGCUACAUUAACUUGAAAAAUGCAUAUAAACAGCUGUGAUUCUCUUCCUUCAAUUAUGGUUGAACAAGCGUAUGAGCAAAAAAAAAAGGUUAGAUCUUAUGUGAAUAUAUAGUCUGUUACUUAUAUAUUCUUUUACUCUGUGAUCACAUUGUGGAAAUUUGCUACAAUGGAAGAAAUUAUUCUAUUCUUUGACGUAUAAAUUAUUGGAAUGUGAUGAUAAACAUUUUAUUUUAUUUUACUUGACGAAUAUGAUAUGAAAGAAAGUUGUACAGUAUAUUCAUCAUAUUUAUGCUAGAGAUGUUAAAAAGGAGAGGACCACACAUAUUGCUAUACAUUUUGCUUUAAAUAUCCACAGCUACAUUUAGUGUAUGUAGAUACUUUUUCUCCUUUAAAUAGCUACAGAUCUCAGUUUGAUCCCCAGCCGCCCCUCCACUGACCUCAUAUUUCCCAGGAAGUCCGUAAACAUUGGCAAUCAUUACGUUUUUUCUGUACUGUGUGUAACUGGUGUGUAAACUCUCUGAAUGGUGUUUGCGUCAUUAAAGUGCAACAGUAACAUCUGCAAAUCUCAAGUUUUGUCCAAAUGUGACUUUACAUCUGUGAAAUGUGCACCAAAUAAUUUUAAAUACAAAUGUAAUUGUAAGACAAUUUCAGUGCUACUGUGACAAUGGCAAUACCAGAACAAAGCACUGACGGUAGCGAGUAACAGCUUUGUUUUUGCCGGAUUUACUGAUAGCUCUUUACUGCUUCCAUUCUGCUUAACUUUCACCUGCCUGUACCUGCUGGUCUGAAAACACCAUGAGAUGCAGUAGUCUUCACAGGCAGAUGGAUGAUGACUUUGAAGGGGGAAUAGUUGUGAUAAAUUCUCUGGGCUUCUGCAUAUUUUAAGUAGGUGAUCAAGUACAUUAGUCCCACAUUUCACUUCAAUAGCAUCUUGUGGUCAAGUGCCAAAUAUAGAUUAAUUAAAAAAAAAAAUACAGUAUUGUAUCCAUUUAUACUGUGCAGUUAACUGUCGAACAAAAAACUUCACUAUCAUUUUGUAGAUUUUGUAUUAUUAACUUGCAUUGUGUUCUGUGUAGAAUGUCAAUUUUGUUAUUCAAAUAAAGACAAAAUAGGAAAA